ACUGCUAACACUGUGAAUAACUGCCGCAGGCUUUCUACUAAGUCGAGGACUUCUCUUUCAUUGUUUAUUGCUACUACAUGAUUGAGGAAACCAUAAGUUGAGUAAGCAACAAUGCAACUAGAAGAUUCAGCUGUGGGAACAUUUGAUUCUCAGAUAGAUAAAUCUAAGGAGAUAGAAGAUCUGACAGAGGAUAAUGGAAAAAGGAAAGAUAAAAAGGAAGAGCCUGAAAAAGUUCCUAUGGUCAGCCCCUUAAAGUUGUUCCAUUUUGCAGACGCAGUGGACAUUAUGUUGAUGGUGAUAGGACUGAUAGCCGCAGUAAUUCACGGGAUGUGCCUUCCACUCUUGUGUGUUGUAUAUGGUGACAUGACCAAUGGCUUUAUAUCUGAGGCACCUUCAAACACCUCAUCAAAUGAGACAAACAGUGGCAAUCUCUCUUUUGUCAAACAAAUGGCACAGUUUUCCUAUUACUAUCUUGGAAUUGCUGGGAUAGCCCUGAUUUGUGGUUACAUUCAAGUUUCCUUCUGGGUCCUGACUUCAGCAAGACAAACAAGAAGACUCCGAAAGGCAUUUUUUCACUCAGUGCUUGGAAAAGAAAUAAGUUGGUUUGACCUUAGUCCAACAGGCCAACUCAACACUCGUCUCACAGCUGACAUCAACAAGAUUAAUGAAGGAAUUGGUGACAAGAUUGGACUUUUGUUUCAGUAUCUCACAUCGUUCGUAGGAGGUGUAAUAAUUGGUUUCAUAAAGGGAUGGAAGCUCACAUUGGUCAUGUUAGCUGCUGGUCCAGCCCUCGCAUUAUCUGCUAUGGUGUGGGCUAAGCUCACAGUCUCAUUCACCAAUUUGGAGAUGACAGCCUACGCAAAAGCUGGGGCAGUUGCUGAAGAAGUGUUAUCAUCAAUUCGAACUGUGGUUGCCUUUGGAGGACAAGACAAAGAAAUUGAAAGGUACCGUAAAAAUUUGCGAGAGGCAAAAAAGAUAGGAGUAAAGAAGUCGAUCACUAUUAACCUGUCUGUUGGGUUUGCCUAUUUUUUAUUAUUCGGAUCUUAUGCAUUGGGAUUUUGGUAUGGAACCAUUCUGAUUCUUGGGAACACUGGAUAUGACAUUGGAACAGUUCUCACUAUUUUUUUCGCUAUCAUCUUUGGGACCUUCUCUAUCGGCCAGACUGCACCAUAUUUCGAAGCAUUUUCUGAUGCCAGAGGAGCUGCCUUUGAAAUUUAUAAAAUAUUGGAUGAGAAAUCUGCCAUGGAUAGUUUUUCAGAAGAAGGGUAUAAGCCCGAAUACAUCAAAGGAACAGUGGAAUUUAAGGAUGUAUACUUCAACUAUCCAUCACGACCAGAUGUGGAGAUUCUGAGAGGUAUAAAUCUGAAGGUUGAGAGUGGACAAACGUUGGCUUUGGUGGGAAGCAGUGGUUGUGGAAAAAGCACUACUGUUCAACUGCUGCAGAGAUUUUACGAUCCCCUUCAAGGAAUGAUCACAAUUGAUGGACAUGAUAUACGGUCACUAAACAUCAGACAUUUUCGAAGGUUCAUUGGUGUGGUCAGCCAGGAGCCUGUGCUGUUCGCUACAAGCAUUGCUGAAAACAUUCGUUAUGGAGAUGAAGAUGUAACAGAUGAAGAAAUUGAGAAAGCUGCUAAAGAAGCAAAUGCUUAUGAUUUUAUUGUGAAACUUCCCGAAGCAUUCCACACACUCGUUGGGCAAAGAGGAACACAGCUGAGUGGAGGUCAGAAACAAAGGAUUGCUAUCGCUCGUGCUCUAGUGCGUAACCCCAAGAUUCUCUUGUUAGAUGAGGCCACAUCUGCCCUGGACACUGAGAGUGAAGUUAUAGUCCAAAGUGCAUUAGAUAAGGCCAGUAAAGGACGAACUACAAUUGUGAUUGCUCACCGCUUGUCCACAAUCAGGACUGCAGAUAAGAUAGCAAGCUUUCAAAAUGGUGUUUUAAUGGAAGAAGGGACACAUGCAGAAUUGAUGCAGAAAAAUGGAGUUUAUCACUCACUUGUAACAGCCCAGGCAUUUAAAAACACAGAAGAAACAGAAGCUGAAAGUGCAACUGAAAUCGAUGUAGUUGAUGAACCUCUCCGAGUAAGGGCCUAUUCCAAGAAUUCAAGUAUUAAAAGCAUUUCUAAGCUGGAGAGGGACAUGUCGAUUGAAGAGAUGGAGGAGCCAAAGGAUGAAGAAAAGCUUGCAGACGUCUCACUGCUAAAACUUUUUAAACUGAAUAAAUCUGAAUGGCCAUACAUUGCCAUAGGAAUAAUAGGUGCAACGAUCAAUGGAGGAAUUCACCCAGCCUUUGCUGUUUUAUUUGCAAAGAUCAUUACUAUCUUCACUGGUACUGAUCCAGACGUGAUAAAAAAAAAUGCUGAUCUUUAUUGUAUCCUGUUCUUUGUCAUUGGUAUCAUUUCCUUUUUUACAUAUUUCUUACAAGGCUAUAUGUUUGGAAAAUCUGGGGAAACCCUCACAAUGAAACUGAGAUACAUGGCCUUCAAAGCCAUGCUACGUCAGGAAAUUGCUUGGUUUGAUGAUGACAGAAACAACACUGGAGCCCUGACAACCAGGUUGGCCACAGAUGCAUCUCAAAUUCAAACAGCAGUAGGAGAAAGAAUGGGAUUAAUAGCUCAAAAUAUUGCAACCAUGGGAGGUUCAACUAUUCUCUCAUUCAUAUUUGGGUGGCAGCUGACCUUGGUGGUCCUGUUGAUCAUGCCCAUCCUGGUUGUGGCAGGAAUGAUUGAAAUGAAGUCUCUGAGCGGAUAUGCAAUUCGCGAUAGAAAAGAGCUUGAAGCAGCUGGAAAGGUCGCAUCAGAAGCAGUGGAAAAUAUCCGGACCGUUGUUUCUUUGACCAGAGAAUCUGCAUUUGAAAAAAUGUAUGAUGAAAAUCUAAAGAAACCAUUUAGAAAUGCUCAGAGAAAGUCCCAGGUAUACGGCCUGACCUUUGCAUUCAGCCAGGCCAUCCAGUAUUUCAGCUAUGCAGCCAGUUUUCAGUUUGGUGCAUACCUCAUAUCAAUCAAUCAAAUGGAUAUAGAAGCUGUUUUCCUUGUGUUUAAUGCCAUCGUGUAUGGUGCCAUGGCAGUCGGACAAAGCAGUUCCUUUGCUCCUGACUAUGCAAAAGCAAAAACCUCUGCAGCUAAUCUCUUUGCACUAUUUGAACGUGUGCCAUCCAUAGACAGCUACAGCACUGAUGGCCAAAAGCUGGAUAAGUUUAAUGGUGAUUUGGAGUUGUCGAACAUUGUCUUCAGAUAUGAGAGUCGGCCGGAUGUCCCAAUCCUCCAGGGUCUUUCAGUCAAAGUUGGAAAUGCACAAACAUUAGCUCUGGUUGGCAGCAGUGGGUGUGGUAAAAGCACCUCAGUGCAACUCAUAGAAAGGUUCUAUGAGCCCCUGGAAGGACAAGUGUUAUUAGAUGGAAAUGAUAUCAGAAACUUGAACAUCCAGUGGCUUCGAUCACAAAUAGGCAUUGUAUCACAGGAGCCUGUGCUCUUCAACUGCACUAUAGCUGAGAAUAUCGCCUAUGGUGACAACAGCAGGACUGUGUCACAGGAGGAAAUUGAAGCAGCAGCAAAAGCAGCAAACAUUCACUCUUUCGUUCAACAACUCCCCAAUAAAUAUAGCACGUAUGUUGGGAACAGAGGGACUCAGCUUUCCGGUGGGCAGAAACAGCGAGUAGCUAUUGCUAGAGCCCUCAUACGACAGCCCAAAAUUUUGCUUUUAGAUGAGGCAACAUCUGCACUUGAUACAGAGAGUGAAAAGAUUGUUCAAGAAGCUCUGGACCAAGCAAGGGAGGGGAGGACAUGCGUGGUGAUAGCUCAUCGCCUGACAACAGUGCAGAAUGCAGAUGUCAUCACUGUUAUUAACAAUGGAAAAGUAUUAGAAUCAGGCACGCACGAGCAGCUAAUGGCAAAGCGCAAAGCUUAUUAUAACCUAGUAAAUGCACAGGUCAUUCAAUAGAAUGAUAUAUUUAUUUAAAGUACUAAAAUAAACCCUCCAAAUCAAAAGUUAAAUAUUGGCUGGAUAAUAAAAUGCACUUACAAAUGGAAGAAUGCUGAUGUUCUCGCUCACUCCACAGCCUUCCUUCCAUCAUAUAAUCUACAAUCUUUAUUUUGGAGUCAGCCAGGAUUCUGACACAGCACAAGUUAAUUCAUCAAGCUUUCUUUUUAAACCAUGCAAAUAUCAAGUAUAUACAAUGAAAGAAAUUGCAGAAGAAGAGCUCAUAAGAUAUAUCAAACCUAUGGUGAUGCUAGCUCCUCAAAUGGAAAUAAUCACUCCAAUCACAAUUCCCUUCUCUUUCCCUGGAACCUUAUAUAUUCAUUUUCAAAUAUUCCCCACAUAUCUGCCUUCAGCCAGUGUCACACAAUGUGCUUGACAGUGUCACCUCCAUCAAAUAUUUCUGAUGGAGGAAUUGAAUUCCUGAAUUGAAUUGAAUCCUUCAAUUUCUCUUCAGAGAGAAAGGAAACCAAUAGAAAGCAGCUAAUAAUAAAAUAUAAUAGUAAAUAAUAACAUGUUUAUAAAAGGAGAGAAACGGAUAAGUUUGAUAUCAUUCAUACCAAACAAAUAUCAAUUGUUUCAUUCAAACUCUUGCAAUUUUAGUAUCUAUAGACAUUUUGUAAAUGGACCUCUGAAUUUAAUUUCAUUUCAUGAAUAUCUUGUAAUAAAUAAUAUGGAUUCUGAUUGAAGAUCAAAGGUAACUCAACACUCAAUGGAAAAGAUGCAUCCACCAUGUGCAAAAAAAACAUGUACUGAUAUGGUUGUCAAUCUGUCCUCAUGGACUUUGCUUCGCUUUGUUCUUCUGGAACACAAUAACAUCAAUUGUUAUCAGGAUCCCAUCAAGAGUGUUUAUUGCAAAGCAAGUUGCUUAGUAUUUCUGCAAUAAAAUUCUUAUUGUUUAUUAUCGAUUCUUCUUAAACCUGCAAUAAAUGUUUGGUAAAAGUC